AUGGUCGCGUACGGCGCAACUACAACCAUUGCCGGCGGCGACAAUGAAUUUAGAGAGGCCCUUCCCAUGAUGAUGUUAUUCCUCCACGACGUUCCAGACCAAGCCCGGGCUGGCGAGAUCAAACGCGUCUCGCGCGGCUACGCGCGGAACUACCUGCUGCCCAAAGGGCUGGCGGAGCUGGCGACCGACGAAACGCUGAAGCGGCUGGACAAGAUCAAGGUCGAGGGCGACCACCAGCGGGCGCGGGAAACCCAAGUCGUGGAGGAACUGGCGGAGGCGCUGGACAACCUCACCGUGACCAUCCAGGGCAGGAUCACCCCCACCGGCCGGUAUUACGGGGCCAUCAGCGGGAUCAGGAUCGCCGACGCCAUCGGGGAAGCGCUGGAGCGCCAAAUCGACCGGCGGAUUACCAACAACGUGGAACCGAUCCGAGAGCCCGGCGAGUACGAGGUGGUGCUGAACCUGUCGAGCGACAUUCGCGCGACCGUCAACGUCAUCGCGGCGGUGGAAGAGUAA